UCGCUGGGAGCAGAUGGUCCCCCUCUCAGAGUCAGGCGUCAGCUGCUCACAUGUGCACAGGUCGGACGCUGAGUCUCGCCCACAGCUCACAGAGGGAACGACACAGUCACACAGACUCUGACAGCUCCCUGUUGGCUUUACAGGAAUGUGACAAACUACCACAGAAGACUGCUUCUCUGUUGAAGCUCACACUUUCUCUGUGAAGAUAUGCCUUAUUCCAGGUGCACAACAGGAAACCAUUUGGUUCAAGUUCUUCGUUUGAGAGCUUCCUCUUUUCCUGAACGCCACAUGGAGGACGUUCCAGUUUCCCCCCGUCAAUGAACAAAGACCACCUGCACGGCAACAGCAGUGAUAAUCCUCUAAGAUGGCAGUCACUUCACUUUAUGUUACCGAGGAGCCCGGCUUAGCUGAGGUGGACAUAUGUACGCUUGAGAUUAAUAUCAAGUAUGAUGUCAUCCCAACUGUUGUCUGCUCCGUCUGCCUUUCAUUUGGCCUCAUCUACACCUUUUUCGGAUACCGCUGCUUCAAGAUGGUCAUGUUCUUCUCUGGCUUCAUGUUUGGCUCAGCAGCCGUUCUCCUGCUGUACCACAAAGAGCCCCUGUUGGACGCCCAGCUGGGGUCAGAGACAAAGGCAGGGAUCGGCUUGGGCGUGGGGGUGCUCUGCGGGCUGAUGACCAUGCUGGUGUCCACAAUAGGACUCCUGCUCAGCGGCCUGCAGCUGGGGAGCCUGCUCUCCCUCGCCAUCCUGCUGGUCAUCGGACAGUUUCACAGCCUCACUCCAGUGUGGUUGCCUCUCUGUGUCGUACUGGCCGCCAGCAUCGUCACCGGGCUCUUCACGCUUCAGUGGCAGAAACUGUUCACCAUUGUCUACACAUCUGUGUUUGGAGCCACCACUGUGAUGCUGUGUGUGGAUUACCUGGUGGGGACGUUUAGGCUGCCGGAGCAGGUGUAUGAUAUGUUCUGUCAAGGUGUCCCACGUCCACUCUGUUGGUUUAACUGGGCGAUCACUGGGAUAUGGCCUGUUCUGGGUCUGAUAGGUGUGUUGGUGCAAUGGAGGUUUACUGCCAAAGGAGUAUCACACACAGAAGCUGCGCACAAAAAACACAACAAACAUGCUAAGAAGCACAGAUACAGAGAGUCAAGAAGAAGACCUCCACCACCCCGUCGGCGCAGGCCUCCAACGCUGAAACGUUACGCUGGAGACGUCCUGGCACCGAGUUACCUCCAGAGCCUUCAGGAGCGCCAGAUGGGAACAGGCUCCUCCGCCAGCAGCAUCAGCACCAUUACACACACUCUGAUAGACUUUGACUUUGAGACGGGCUCCAUGGUGCCUCUGACUGCUGCCUCGCCUGUUUUUACGGUCUGAAGGAGCAAAUAUCUGUAUUAUCAUACACUGAUAACUGAACAUUCCUCUGAGAUGUUCACUUACAUGGAGACAUUUCAACCAGCUUCACCAGAUAAUCAUCAACAUGCACACGGUGUGACUUGAGAUGCUCGGAGAACAUCCCCCGAAUUACAGCAAUACAACAUGCAGAGUCAUCAGACUCAUGAUCAUCAGCAGUUUAUCUCACAGACACUUUGUGUUGUGUUGUGUCGAGCUGUUUUCUUUCACAAGAUGACAUAAUAAUCUUUUGUUCUCCAAUUACAAUGUACCACGUGUCUA